GAGGAGAGAAGGUAGGAGGAGCCAGACUGAGAAGUGUGCCUCACUCUCUCUCUCUCACACUCUCUCACACACCCUCCCUCUCUUCCAUUCUGUCAUUGCCAUCUCGGCAGAACGGAGACUGUUCAUUCCCAGCCACGCUGAAUCUAAGUGGGGGGACAGCACACUUUUGACUUUGUUAAAGUCAGAUUUCACAGAGGAAUAUACUUUUUCUUCACGAUAUCCAAAGGAUCAGCAAGAAAACGAGGAAAAGAAAGUAAGCUGACAAGGAUUUCUUCUUUUAUUUUUUUAUUAUUGGAUUGAGAAACACGUGACAGCCGGUUUUGCCACUGGAUCCUUUCACACAACAAGACGUGAGAUUGUCUUAUUUAUCUUCCUUUCAUGUUGUGGUUUUCAGUUUUACUUUGAGAGCAUACUGACAUAAAGCACAAUGGUUGCUGGAAUGCUGAUGCCCGUGCGGGAACUGAGGGCCAUCUAUGAGGUCCUCUUUAGAGAUGGGGUCAUGGUGGCCAAGAAGGACAAGAGGCCUCAGACCAAGCACCCUGAGAUAGAAGGUGUGAGAAACCUACAAGUAAUCCGUGCCAUGGGGUCUCUUAAGUCUCGGGGCUUUGUGAAGGAGACAUUUGCCUGGAGACAUUUCUACUGGUACCUGACCAACGAGGGCAUUGUUUACCUGCGUGACUACCUCCGCCUGCCCCCUGAGAUUAUUCCUGCAUCCCUGCAGAGGGUCAGAAAGCCAACAUCCACCCUGGCCAUUGCCCAUCGGGCUGCACGAGUCCAAUCUGUGGAAGGUCCUACAUCUUAUGUUCCUAAACCAGGACGCAGGGGUGAAGCAGAGAGCCAAGAGUCUCUGGCCGAGCGUCAAGGCUACCGCCAUAAGAUGAUGGGUCCCGGAGAAAAAGAGAGCUACUCUGAUAGGACCCCCAGGUUUAGGGGUCGGCCAAUGGCUGCAGAAGCAGUCAGGCCAAAAGCAUCAUGGGAAGUGGAGGAGCAGCCUCAAUCUUUGUUUAGGAGGGGGAACAGAAAUGAAGCAGCAAUGAUGGAGGAGAGCAGGGUUAAAAGAGUCUCUCGUCAGCAGCCUGAUGUGAGCAAUGAGAAGCCAGUAGCAAUAUCACAGGAGAAGGUGUUUGAGUUCCAAAGGGAGAAGGCACCAAUGUCUGUCCAGAGUCAGAGAGCAGCUUUCAAACAGGAUGCGCCACAGACCAGUCAGACAUCAGUGUUCUCCAAAGCAGCCCUACCAUUAACCGUGGCUGCUGUCGCUGAGGCUGCAGGUGCUGCAACAUCAAAGAUCCCAGCUGAACCCUCUACUCCCAAAACAAAUAAAGAGAAGCUCAAGAUUGCAGAUGAAAAAGCUUCCAUGAAGCCUGAAAUGGUAACAAGCAAGUCAUCUAUCACAAUGCUUGCUGUUAACGAGGUCAAAGAGGAGAAGACAAAAAAAGUAAUAGUGGAGCCAAUCAAAUCAGAGGAGGUCAAGGCUAAAGUUAUAAAAGCAAAUGAUAAAGCAAAUCCCCAAACUGUUGUUACAAUGGCUGCUACUCAAAAAACUUCCAAGCUCCUUAACGACACUGCCAGCCCUGGCCCAGUCCCUACGAAACGUGUCAAUGACGAUAUCGAGGAAAAGACAACCAAUGUGAUUGUGGAUCCAGUUAAAUCUGCAGAGAUUAUGGCAACAGCUGAAAAGGCAAAUCCCCAAGCAGUUAUUACAAUGACUGCUGCUCAGGAAACCUCCAAAUUCUUUACUAACACUACCACCACCACAACCACUGUCAUCACAAAACCUGCCAAGAAAGAAAUCAAGGAAGAGAAGACAAAAAAUGUGACAGUGGAUCCAGUUAAAUCUGCAGAGGCCAAGGCUACAGCUGAAGCGAAAACCGAUAACUUGGAGACCCAGGCAGUUAUCACAAUGGCUGCUCCUCAGGAAACCUCCAAACUCCUUACUGACACUUCCACCACCACCCCUGUCAUCACAAAGCCUGCCAAUAAAGAUAUGAAGGGAGAGAAGACAGUAAAAAUGAUUGUGGAUCCAGUUACGUCUGCAGAGGGCAAGGCUACAGCUGAAUCAGCUCAUAACAAGGUAAAACCUGAAGUAGUUAUUACAAAGGCUGCUGCUCAGGAAACCCCCAGUGUUGUUACUGACAUUACUACUGCUGCUCCCGUCAUCACAAAACCUGUAAAUAAAGACACUAAGAAAGAGAAGACAAAAAAGAAGAUGGGUGAUCCAGUUAAACCUGCAGAGGCCAAGGCCACAGCUGAAAUGGUGACAGAUAACAUAAAUCCUCAAGCAGUUAACACAAUGGCUGCUGCUCAGGAAACUACUCCUCUCCCCAGUGCUACUCCUGUCAUCACGGAAAUUGUUAAUAAAGAUAUUAAGGAAGAGAAGACAAAAACUGUGACGGUGGAUCCAGUUAAAUCUGCAAAGGUCAAGCCUACACCUGAAACAGCAACUGAUGACAUAAAAGCCCAGGCAGUUAUCACAAUGGCUGCUCCAAAGGAAACCUCCAACCUCCUUACUGACACUGCCACCACCACACCUGUCAUCACAAAACCUGCCAAUCAAGAUGUCAAGAAAGAGAAGACAAAAAAAGGAAUUGUUGAUCCAGUUAAAUCUGCAGAGGUCAUGCCUGCAUCAGAAACAGCGACUGAUGACAUAAAAGCCCAGGCAGUUACCACAAUGGCUGCUCCAAAGGAAACCUCCAAACUUACUGACACUGCCAGCACCACCCCUGUCAUCACAAAACCUGCCAAUGAAGAGAUCAAGGAAGAGAAGACAAAAAAGAUGACGGUAGAGACAGUUAGAUCUGCAGAGGCCAAACCUACAGCUGAAAAAGAAGCAGAGGCCCAGGCAGUUAUCACAAUGGCUGCUCCAAAGGAAACCUCCAAACUCCUUACUGACACUGCCACCACCACCCCUGUCAUCACAAAACCUGCCAAUCAAGAUGUCAAGAAAGAGGAGACAAAAAAAGUAAUUGUUGAUCCCGUUAGAUCUGCAGAGGUCAUGCCUGCAUCAGAAACAGCGACUGAUGACAUAAAAGCCCAGGCAGUUAUCACAACGGCUGCUCCAAAGGAAACCUCCAAACUCCUUACUGACACUGCCAGCACCACCCUUGUCAUCACCAAACCUGUCAAUGAAGAAAUCAAGGAAAAGAAGACAAAAAAGGUGACGGUAGAUCCAGUUAAAUUUGCAGAGGGCAAGGCCACAGCUGAAAUGGUUAAAGAUAACGUAAAUCCUCAAGCAGUUAACACAACGGCUGCUGCUGCUCAGGAAACCUCCACUCUCCCUACUGUCACCACUGUCAUCACAAAAGCUGUAAAUACAUAUGUCAAGGAGGAGAAGACAAAAAAGAUAAUUGUGGAUCCAGUUAAACCUGCAGAGGCCAAGGCUACAGCUGAAACAGUGAAUGGUAGCAUAAAUCCUCAAGCAGUUAACACAAUGGCUGCUGCUCAGGAAACUACUCCUCUCCCCAGUGCUACUCCUGUCAUCACAGAAAUUGUCAAUAAAGAUAUUAAGGAAGAGAAGACAAAAAAUGUGACGCAACUGAUGACAUAA